CUCUUUUACAAGUUCUGUUCAUAUUCAGACGUGUUUUCUUCUUCUAUUUAUCUACCAUUUCCCCAUAGUUAGAUCCUGAAACACCAUCUCAGCGAAUCAAACCAAUAAGAAUACGAGGAUCAACAUGAUGCGCUCCGUGAUCCCCCUGAUUGUCUCGCUUGGCUCGCUGGCUGCAGCCAUCAACAUCACCAGUCCUGCAGCCAACACCACCUACGCAGCCGGGUCCACCGUGACCGUCAAGUGGACCAGCGUCGAUACUGAUCCCUCCAGCUUCAGCCUCUACCUCUGGAACUUUGUCUCCUGGCCUCCGACUUAUGUUCCGCUGGCCCUUGACAUCCCAACAGAAGAUCUGUCCCACUCGGUCCAGAUCCCCUGCGACACCAACCCCGAAUGGGGCUACCAGAUCAGCGGCAUCAACGGCACCAACGUCUACAUCAUCUACGCGCAGGGCGACAAGUUCACCGUCUCCGAGCCCGUCGAGCCCUGCGUCGACCCUGCCCCCGUGCCCACGCCGUCCACCUGCCCCAGCGCUGCGGCGUCUACCGUUUAUGUCACGGUGAGCCCUACCGGUUCCAGCUCCCGUCUUUUCCAUCCAUCUUCCUCCCACGUCUCCUCUUCUCCUUCACCCAGCACCACCACCACUGCAACCUCCAAAUAUGUGAAGCCCGGAAUCGUGCCUAAGACUAUUGGUUGGUGUUCAGACUACUCCCACCCUGUGACCUUGGACAAGGUUCCCACCCCGACAGCGGCGCCGAUGGUGACCCCCGCCCCUGGUGAGGGCAGCGGUGCUCGUGGUCCUCGUGUCAAGACCAUUACUACGACCGUGAGUGUCGAGGCUUGUCCGAUCGAUGCGAUGUGAGGGGAGUCUCUGGUGUGGAGUCCGGUCGAAUGGUGCAGUCAAACUUAAUUUCUUCAUGCCGAUAUAUUUUGUCAAGGUAUUCGGUAUUACUUAUUAGUAAAUAUUGUAGGAGAUAUUUUAUGUAACUACAGUCGAGGCUAUUCUCACUCUAGCUACUUCUAAUCUGCGUAGCCAUCGUAUGCCUCAGCUGCUAGUUUCGUCCAAUUUCUCUACAUAUGCCUUGUGGGAGACAAUAAGGAAGCAUUUGGUCAAUUUCAACAGGGUCCUCGACUCGGGAGGUCCUUCCGAGCCAGUCAGUUGAUAGGGAUCCUAGAUCCAUUUAUUUUGCGACAUUACAUAUAUUGUGAGGAGUUUCGCAU